AUGCUUAAAUUGAGAAUCAAAUCUCUCAAUAAGAAAGCAAAAUUAAUUGAUCAGCUUAUAUAUGCUUGGCUGACCAAAUAAUUCUCAGCUAAGAGCUAUUUAAUUUCCAGGCUACAAUGCUUGCCAAUCUCCUUGCGCAACUUGCCAAACAACUACAACUUAUUGUCUUACUUGUAUAGAUACCUUCUUAGAGGCUGAUGCCGGUAUUUGCAAAUGUAAAGAUCCAAAUGCUAGCUAUGAAGCAAGUGAUAAUGCAUGCGUCUGCAAUCCAAAAUAUUUCGAAUCCAAUGAUAUUUGUGCAAGCUGCAAUACAGAAUGUGCUACAUGUGAUAUUAUUGCCUCAAAUUGCACUUCCUGUGCAGAUGGCUAUUUUAAUCAAGAUGACUUGUGCAUUGCUUGCUCAUCGCCAUGUGCUACAUGCUCUGAAUCAGCAACUACAUGCCUUUCAUGUGAUGACCCUAACAAUAUGGUUUUAAGUGGAGGAGUCUGUGGCUGUAAAUCCAGCCAUGCUACAUUUGAUCCAACCCAAAAAAUAUGCGUUUGUGACAUCGGAUACUAUUUAGAUGCAACCAAUAUUUGCCAGCCUUGCAUUAAUCCAUGUCAAACUUGUAUAGGAUCAGGCACUGUUUGCGAAUCAUGCGUGCCUGGCUAUUUCCUUGAAAAUGGUAACACUGAAUGCACAAAAUGUGAAUCACCAUGCGAAACAUGUACAGGAACAGCUGAAACAUGCAAUUCCUGUGUAGAUCCUAUAGACUUAAAACUCGUAGACAAUACUUGUGUAUGUAACGAUAAGGCAACCCUUCAUUAUUUUUUUUUUUAAAUAAAAUAAAUUUAAUAUAAAAUUUUAAUUUAAAAAAAAUAUCAUGAUUUACCUUAAAAAUGCGGAAUUUAAUGUGACUUCGGGAUCGUGCGAAUGUGACCCUGGGUUUUAUUCAAGUAAUAAUAACUGUGUUGCUUGUGCAGUAGGCUGUGAAGACUGUGAUUCUAAAGGAGAUUGCAAUGAAUGCUCUAUUGGGUAUUAUUUAAAUAAAAAUGAAGUUUGUGUGGCUUGUGCCUCCGGAUGUGAGGAAUGUGGGUCAGCAACGACUUGUGAGAAAUGCAUAGAUCAGCAUAAUACGAAACUAGCAAAUGGUAUUUGUACCUGCAUAACGGCAAAAGCUACCUUUAACACUGAAGGAAUGUGUGAAUGUCAAGAUGGACUUUUCAAUAAUACAGAGACAGAUACUUGUGUUUCUUGUCCUUCUAAUUGCGAAGUAUAGCUCUUCUCUUCAUUUAUAUUUCGUAGCUGAAAGGGAGGAAUUACUGACAGUUGCAAAAUCAAGUUGACAAGACAAUUAAUUGUUUCGCACUUUCAAUAAGUACCUGACAUGCCUGCUAAGGACUGCUUUUGCUAGUUUUAACUUUAAAAACUAGCCCAUUAAUUUGCUACUCAUUAUAAUUAAAGAGAGCUAAAUGGAGCGCAAAAGUAUAUGCACAUCAGCCAAUGAAUGUAAUCAAUGUUGGGAUCCUACAAUGACUAAAAGCGCAACUGGGGCUUGUGCCUGCUCGUUCCAAAAUCAAUACUUUAAUGAAACUACACAUUUAUGUGAAUGUCCAAGCCAUCAAUAUUUGAAUGCAGCUUCUAAACAAUGUUCAGCUUGUGGAGAAGGGUGCGAUAUAUGUACUGAUGCCAAGACCUGUGAGACUUGCUUUGACCCAGAUCAUAUGACCAAUAAUCAAGAUGGAACUUGCAAUUGCACAAGUUCUAAACAGGAAUUUUCUGAAAAGAAUGAAAGGUGUAGAGAUACUGAUAGUGGAGCUUAUGACUUGACAUUUACUUGGAUCCUUUUGGUGAUUUCGAUAGCGCUUUCAGCGUUUUAG